AUGCUAUUAUCUUCUGCCUCGGCAUUUAUUAUACCCCACCACCACCACAACAAACCCUUGGACACUACUGUCUCCAUUAUUCGUCACAGAACAAGCAGCGCAUUACGACCUGUGGUGGUCGCCAGACUCCUGCCAGUACUAAAAAAGAAACCGGACGAUGAGGAGGACGACGAUGAAAGCAGUCAGACUGGUAUGAACGAAGCCUUUCGUCAAUUGGGUUCUCUGGAUUCCUUGGGAGAUCCUACCGAGGGAAAAGAAAGCACAGUCAAACUAGACGAUCAAAGCAAACAAGAGCUCUUGAGUCAAGAAAACAAGGUUUCCAUGGAACAGGAAGUCGAACUCUUCAAGGGAUUGCUCAAGGAUUCGGAAGAGUCAGAUGAAGAUACCUUGUAUUCGGACGUGAUCAAAGACAUGGGCGGAACACCCAAAGAAGCUCCCAAGGCAAAACCACAACAACAAAUUACCAUUGAGGAAUCGGGCACCACCACCACCGGUAGCGCCAUUCCCCGCAGCGAAGAGGACACCCAAAAAUUCAUGGAUCAAGCCAUUCAAGAAGCCUUGGAUGAAGCACGGUCCAUGGCACCCGAUGGAAAGAAACUCUCCGAUUCCAUUCUCGACGAUGAAGAAAUCAUGAAAGAAAUUGAAGAGAUCUUUGAAAAGGGAAACGAAAAGUUGUUGGCCAGUUUGGAGGAAAUUCGAGAAGAACAGCAAGAGUUGGCUAGAAUCAGCGCAGAACAACGUAGUAAAGUUGCCAUGGACAACAGCCAGGAUGAGGAAACGGCAAAGCGAUUGGCAGCCGCAGAGGCAUCCAUGCAAAAGCAACUAGGUCGGGUCAACCAGGAGAGAGCCGAAGUGGAACAGGCAGUGGCAGACCUUCAGAAGGUCAAGGAGGAACUGGAUGCCGAGGCAUCGGGCAACGUGAUCAAGCCCGCGGCACUGGCUGGAGUACUCUUGUUUUCGGUGCGAUCUCUUUUAGACUUUGUGGCAAUGGGCGGGAUUGAUUCCGAAGCCCAUCUUACAGCUGCACUGAUCCAAGGAGCGAUUGCCUUGGCGUGUGGUGCCUAUCUUGUCUUCGCCUAG